UACAAUAAGUCUGUUGAUGAAUAUACAUACAUAAUUGGCCUUGAUUAAUUUUUCUUUCGAUCACAAGAGUUAUACACAACUAUGUAUCGUGUCUACGGGCUCAUAUGUGUUACUACUUGGUUGUUAUUGAUGUGUUGUCUCUCAUUCGCGAUAGCUGGGAACAACGAAACAGACAAGCUAGCAUUGAUCGAAUUCAAGGCAGGAAUAACUGAUGAUCCUUUUGGUGUCAUGAGCUCAUGGAAUGACACCAUCCAUUUUUGUGAGUGGUACGGCGUUACUUGUGGUCAUCGACACCAAAGAGUGACAACACUAGACUUGAAUUCCUCCAAGCUCACAGGUACUAUUUCGCCUCAUCUUGGAAAUUUAAGCUUCUUAAAUAAGUUGAUCCUUUAUGAUAACAGUUUUUCUGGCAUAAUCCCAUCCGAAAUUGGUCGUUUGCAUAGGCUGCAACGUCUUGGGUUGAAUAAUAAUUCCAUCGGAGGGGAAAUUCCGUCGAGUAUAGAAGGUUGCUAUAGCCUCAUUGGUGUAAGCUUCGAGGGUAACAAUUUAGUGGGAGAAAUCCCGUCUACACUUGGUUCGAUGUCACGUUUGAAGUUUCUUCUUUUGGGAGAGAACAACUUGACCGGUAACAUUCCUUCAUCUAUAGGAAACUUAUCAUCGCUUUCAAUGCUAUCUCUAAUCGGAAACAAUUUAGUAGGAAGGAUCCCAGAUAGUAUAGGCAAUUUAAAGAACCUAACCAGUUUGUAUCUAUCCAAUAAUAAGCUUUCGGGAGUAGUACCACCCUCGAUCUUUAACCUGUCUUUAUUGAAAGAAUUAGGACUAUCCCAAAAUGACUUGGAAGGAAGCCUUCCUUCGGGUUUAGGUAACACUCUUCCAUUUCUUGAAUGGUUUUCUAUAGCUGGAAAUCGAUUUAGUGGAGAAAUUCCAACUUCGAUAUCCAAUCUCACAAAUCUAGAAUCGCUUUUUUUUUCAAGUAACAAUCUUCAAGGACAAGUUCCUUCUUUGCAUAAGUUAACAAAUCUUACUAGACUUAGCCUCGACGAGAACUCCUUAGGGAAUGGCCAAGCUGGAGAUCUGGAUUUCAUUUCUUCUUUGGUCGAUGCAACCAAUUUGCAAUGGUUAGAGUUGAGCAAAAACAACUUUAAAGGAAUUUUUCCUAAAACCAUAUGCAAAUUUUCAUUUCUUACUACUUUGGUAAUAAAUGAUAACAACAUAGCCGGAGAAAUUCCAAGCUGCAUUGAAAACUUAGCCGAACUACAAUACUUCGCGGCCAAUGACAACGCACUUGUUGGGACCAUUCCGCUUGGGAUUGGAAAAUUCAAAGCCCUCCGAGGUCUUUAUUUAAACAAUAAUCAUUUAUCAGGAGUCAUUCCACCCUCAAUCGGAAACUUAACCAUGUUAUCUAUUUUUAACUUGUGUAACAAUGAUCUCGAUGACCAAAUACCUUCGAGUUUGGGAAAUUGUGGAUCCCUCAUAUUUUUAUCUCUUUGUAAUAACAGUCUUAGCGGCAAGAUACCCUCCAUAAUUUUCAGUCUUACCUCCUUGUCUAUUGGACUCGAUCUAUCUGGAAACCAGCUAACCGGCCCUCUUCCCGACGAAGUUGGGCAUCUGAGUAGUCUUAACGCCCUUGAUGUUUCUCAAAACAAGUUAUCAGGUCACAUACCAAGCUCUCUUGGUAGUUGUACGUCGUUAGAGUUAUUAAACUUAUGGCAAAACAAUUUUUAUGGCACUAUCCCUGAAUCAUUGCAAACAUUAAAGGGCCUUCUUGGGUUGGAUUUGUCAUACAACAACUUAUCCGGUGAAAUCCCGAAAUUUAUAAGCAGCCUACAGUUGCAAAACCUAGAUAUAUCAUACAAUAACCUUGAAGGUGAAGUACCCACAAAUGGAAUCUUUAGUAAUACAAGCGGUCUUUUGAUUGGUGGGAAUAGUCAUCUAUGCGGAGGCAUACCCGAGUUAAAGUUGCCCAAGUGCAGGUUCACCCGCGACACCCAUAAAAGACGAGUGGAGCGUAGGAAAAAAUUGAUGAUCGCGGUUCUUUUUGGGAUUACUGGAGUUUGUUUGUUCGUGUCUAUACUUGUGUUGUUAUUAUGCAAUUUCUGUAAGAGAGAGAAGGCAAUGGAACCCGUUACUUCUAACAAUGAUAUAGAAAAUUUUCCGAAUAUUUCUUAUCAAAUGUUGCUUAAAGCUACAAAUGGCUUUUCCUCCGAACAUGUGCUUGGAAGUGGUGUAUCUGGGGUUGUAUACAAGGGAACUCUCGACGAGGAAGGAUCAAGUGUUGUUGCCAUCAAGAAAUUUAAUCUAGAGUAUCGCGGUGCUUUGAAGAGUUUUUUGGCUGAAUGUGGAGUACUUCAAAGCAUUCGACAUCGUAAUCUUGUUAAGGUGAUAACAGCUUGUUCAAGCAUUGAUCAUCAAGGUAGAGAUUUCAAGGCUUUGGUUUAUGAGUACAUGUCGAAUGGCAGCUUGGAAGAUUGGUUGCAUCCACCUGAGACAACUAGUGUCGUCGAAGGCACAAAUGAUACCUCGAAGUACUUGAAUCUUUAUCAAAGACUCGACAUUGCAAUUGAUGUCGCAUUUGCUUUGGAUUAUCUUCACCAUCAUCAUGGGGCUUCCGUAGCUCAUUGCGACCUCAAGGCGAGUAAUGUCCUCCUCGAUGAUGAUAUGGUUGCACAUGUCGGCGACUUUGGACUUGCCAAGUUCUUCACAGAAGCCAACAACGCCAUUCAUACAAGUCAAUCUAGCUCUAUUGGAGUCAGAGGAACAAUUGGUUAUGCUCCUCCAGAAUAUGGAUUGGGAAAUGAGGUGUCUACUAGUGGCGACGUCUAUAGUUUCGGGAUUCUUUUACUAGAAUUGUUUACAGGAAGAAGGCCUACAAAUAAUAUGUUUAAAGAGGGUCUAAGUCUACAUAGCUUUGUGAAAGGCGCUCUGCCUCAGCAAGUAACUGAGAUUCUAGAUCAUAUUCUUCUAGCAGACAUAAACGGAGUGGAGACUAAUAACAUCAUGAUAUUGGAGGCAUUGAUUUCAGUACUCGAAAUCGCUCUUUCUUGCUCAAUCGAGACACCACGAGAGAGGUUGGACAUGAGUGAUGUUGUUGCAAAGCUAACAUCAGUAAGAACAACUCUCCUUGGAACUCGUUUAUAGCAACGUAGAAGAAUUCGAGCUUAUUAUAAUGAUUAAUGAAAGAACUACUGUUUCAUCCCAAUAGAAGAUUAUUAUUGUAAAAAGUGUAGGACUAAUGGAAUAUAUUUUUAUUACGAGUAGAAUUUAAUAUGACUCCAUAUUGUGAAGUGUAGUUUUCUUUUCUUUUGAAAGCCAUUUAAGUUUACACAUACUUGUGUUUACAUUGUAAGAACUCUGAAAUUGCAAAACCCAUGCAAGUGUUGCCAUCAAUUUUGAAAAACUAUAAAAAUCAUAA